UCAGAGCAAGUCAGCAGAAGGCAGACUUUCCCUCCUGCAUAUUAUUUAACACUGAGAGUUUCUCCUUCAUUCCAACAAUGCAGCCUGGAAGUAGAAACUUUAAUAUCUUAGAGGUUUUCCUCUGGUUUGUGAUUUCAGCGGCGCUGACCGAAGCAGCUGACAACAUGAAGGGGAACAGAACUGAACCUCAGACUCACAUCCAUCACUCCCCCUCUCUGUGUGCUGGAGAACAGCAGUAUGUGGACAAGAGGAAACUCAUAGUCCUGCAGACUCUCAGAGGGUUUGGAAUCAACUGCACCAUAGACUCGGUUCCUCACGUGGCUCUGCUGGCGUCAGGUGGGGGUCAGAGGUCAGCGGUGGGUCUGGUGGGGACCCUGUACCAGAUGGAGAAGGAACACCUGUUGGACACUCUGCUCUACCUGGGAGGAGUCUCUGGCUCCACAUGGUCCAUGACCUCGGUCUACAGCGACCCCCAGUGGAGUAACAACAUGGACACGGCGGUGUCGAGGCUCUCGGGUCCGGGGGUGGAGCUGUCUGAGGCUCUGGCCUGGCUCAACCACCGCUCCAAGGAGGAACACUUCUCUCUGACGGACGUCUGGGGGGUCCUGACCGCCGCCGGCAUCAUGAAGCAGAUGGACCUGAGGAACCUUUCAGACGAGGCCAGCAGGGACGCCACCAACCCGUACCCCGUCUACUGCGCCAUAGAGAAGACCUGCUUCUCUAACGGGCCUGUCCAAGGGAAAUGGUUUGAGGUGACUCCUCAUGAGGCAGGUUUCACAGAGUUGGGCCUUUUCGUUGAAACUUCUCUCCUCGGGAGCAAAUUUGAGAACGGACAGCUGCUGGAACAGAAGCCAGAGAUGGACAUGGUCCGACUACAAGGGGUUCUAGGCUGUGCACUGGCUCAUGAAGAGACAAUCAAAGACUAUCUGCCUCCCUGGCUGCAAGUGCUUGGACAGGUAGAUGAUGCUGGUAAAGAGUACCUGCGCCUCUAUCUGGCCCUGGAUGCUCUGCUCGGCCUGGUCAAAGGCACCGUAAAGGAUCCAGGUUCUCUGUCUUACCUGGACAACCUGCAGAAAGCACUUGAAGAUAAGAUCCGUGUUGAGUCAGCGUGGCUGGAGUCACAGACUCCGGAGGACAGGAAGAGUUUUUCUCAGCAGUGGAGUCGGGAGCUGCUAGCGGUGGUCGAGGCGUGGAAACAGAGUCUGGAGGACGGAGACUUCAAAACUCACAUCACCAUGGUUACAGAGAAAGUCCUUCCCAUGAUUAUGAAAUGGGAGUGGGGAACGACUGGAAACUUCCUUUACAAAUACCAAGAUCCCAAGGUUCCAGCCUGCCUUCAGACUGCAGAAAGGUUACACCUGGUAGACGCUGGAUUCCUGGUGAACGUAGCAUACCCGUCGUUCCUGGGAGACAAACGAGACAUCGACCUCAUCAUCGCACCAGAGUACAGCGCUGGAGUCAUGUUCGAGACUCUGACUCUUGCCAGAGACUAUGCAGCCCAGCUGAACAAGUCUUUCCCAGAGAUAGAUGAUAAAAUGCUGCAGGAGAGGGACUGGCCCAGGGACAUCUACGUGUUGGAGGGGAAAGACAACCAGAUGACCGUUAUUUUCAUGCCACUCUUCAACAGAAACAACUGCAAAGAUGCAGCGGAGGUGAAAGCUCGGAUGGAGGAGUUCUCCACCUUCCAGCGUCCCUUCAGCCAGCAGAAGAUCAACUUUGUGUUGGAGACGGCUAAAGCUAACAUAAAGAACAACAAGCAGACUAUAAUGACGGAGGUAUACAAGGCUUCUGUCCGCCGACACAGCAAGAGAUGAGAAGGA